CUUACUCCCAAAUAUUUUAGAAUAUUUCGUAAUUCUUUUUGAUACGAUUUACAUAUUUUUGUAACCAUUUUAUUUAAGAGAUCCACAUACAUAUUUAUAUAAUUUGGAAAAGAAAUGGUGCGUUCAUCAUUCCAGAAUCGAGUCGACACAUUCGUUGAAAAUUGGCCUGAAAUUGGUGCACUGAUGCCUACGUCACCGUGUGACACGCCCAUAGUUCGCCAUAGACAUAUCUCCGUGAGAGCUUUCAAACGACGUCCGGUACCAUCAAGCACUAUGGUGACGUCAGCAAUUAAAACGCUAAUGCGAAAUCCGCGAGCUGGUGUCUCCUUUACUGCAAUCAAGAAAUAUAUUGUCCAAAACUAUUGUGACACCAUUUUGAAUGUAAAUAGUCGUUUUCGCUUUGUUAAGCGGUAUAUUAAAAGCUCGCUGGAGAAAGGUGAACUUAUACGUACCAAGGGUGUUGGAGUUGCAGGUUCAUUUCGUUUACCGUACAAGCAACGCAAGCUGCAUAAGAAGCAGAAAAAGAUCAUGAAGAAGAAGAAGAAGCAAUCUAAGACAAAGAAGGUUAAAGCUUUACGAAAGAAAGUACAGCAAAAAUUGAAAGAGAUGAGCUUAAAUGGUAAGAGGUCCCAUCCUAAGAUAAAGAGUAAUGUUGGUGAUGGUGAGGACGGUGAGAAUGGUGAUGGCAAAAACGAUGCCGAUCAUGGUUUGAUAACCUUUAUCAAGGCCGCGAAAAAAUCGAGUGAAGUGUUCUCAUAAAGUGGCACGCAACCGCGGUUUGGUGUCUAUGGUGAAGUUCAUAUUGUGGCAGACUUUGAAUAUUGAACUACUUUACACUGAUUUGUGGUAAUCGAAUUUCUUUGAUUCAAAAAUUAAUUCAAUUUUUAAUGGAAAAUACAAAUUUAUUUCAAUUCAUUUUUUCAA